AUGCAAUUGUAUACGGUAUUUGUGGUUGCCUGCCUUUUCUUUACCGUCACUGGACUAGAACACACUGAGACGGAGGCAUCUUGCGAGGAUGACUCUUCAGCGGAGGAGCUACCAGAUUCGACGUGCAAAGGAAACACCGUGGCGGAGAAAGAUAAGAUAAAGGAAGCCACGGCGCGUAGCGGUAUUGAAAAAUACCUCGUAAACUGUUCGUCAGACCCGCGUUUAACCUACACGGUAGACGUGGGCAACUUUCAGGACACGGACACGCCGGACACCGAUGAGAUAGUCAAAGAACUAACCGAAGGACUUGGAUACUUUGUUCUGCGGCAGGUUUUCUCGAAAGAAGACAUAGCGCAUGCAAGAGAGGUAAUCCACUAUUUGAUAAAAAAUGAAGGCAAGCGCGCUACUCACUUCCACGGGAGCGAAGACUCGACCCAGGAACUGCAGGCCAGAACGUGGAAUCUGCUCAACAAAGGAAAAAUAUUCGAGAAAAUGACCCAGCACCCGAAGGUAGUUUCCAUCUUAUACCCCAUUCUGGGAGAUGACAUGCAGCUCGGGAGUAUCGCAGCAAACACGUUGUUUCCAGGAGCCUCGGGACAGGAACCCCAUAUAGAUUACCCCUAUUGGGACUACUUUGAAAGAAAACACUGGCCUGUGGCACCAAAGGUUCCAGAAGUGCCUUUCCACAUGAACAUGCAGGCAACUGUCCUGUUGGAUGAUUUCACGGCAGAAAAUGGGGCAACUGGCGUAGUUCCCGGAUCCCAAGUCCGGUGCGUGUAUCCCGACAGCAAGGAAUUCUACGAGAAAUACGUGCAAGUGAUCGGUAAAGCUGGCGACGUGGUAUUAUUUCCAGGUUUGAUUCAACACGCUGCCAUGCCUAAUAAAAGUAAAGCUUCCCGUUCAGCGAUCCUCCUGCAGUACCUGCCCAAAUAUAUUCGCCCGAUGGAGGAUAUAAAACGUUCGGUUCAUCCAGACAUUCUAAAGCGUGCCUCUCCUUGCCUUCGUCGGCUGUUGACUAUGGACUACCCUUACCCAGCUCUGCUGGACGAGGCAGAGCCUGGUAAUUCGGAGGGCUCCAAAUCCGAUUUCUCCUGGAAAACAUAUGAUACUACCACUUAG